GAAGUGGUCUCCGGGUUCGUGUUCAUCAAGUGAUCUUCGAUAUCUUCGAGGAGUCUGCAGAUAUAUAGGUCGACUGCGAAUACAAAGAAACGAUCUGUCGAUAACUUAAGAGACAUUUAGACUGACAAACAACAAAAAUGUCUUUAAAAUUGGCAGACGAUCAACGAUUUGCAUUGAUGAAGUUCCGACGGUCAGUGCAAGACAUCUUACAGCCACACCACGAUGACUACUUUCUGCUUCGCUGGUUAAGAGCGCGAAAAUGGAAUUCAACUGCAGCCGAAAAAAUGCUGAGAGAUUCGAUACAAUGGCGAAAACAAUGGGAUGCUGAUAAUUUGGACGAUUGGGAAGUACCUGAAAUAAUAAAACCGUACCUGCCUUACGGAUUAAGUGGAUUCGACAAAGAUGGAGCACCAGUGAUCAUCGUACCAUUUGUUGGUAUGGACAUGUACGGAGCAUUACAUGUAAUAACACAGAAGGAAUUCGUCAAACUUAUGAUAAAAUUGUUAGAUGGUUAUUUGAAAUUAGCCAGGGAGCAAUCCAAGAAACAUGGGCAGAUUGCUAAUCAACUAACCGUUAUCUUCGACAUGGAAGGAUUUAAUCUUAAGCAGUACUUGUGGAAACCAGCUGGCGAGCUUGUCAUCACCUUCAUCCAAAUGUACGAGGCAAACUAUCCGGAAAUUUUAAAGAUGUGCUUCCUGAUCAACGCUCCAAGAGUUUUUGCUUUCGCUUUUACCAUCAUUAAGAAAUUCAUGGAUGACUAUACUUUGUCAAAAAUACAAAUCUACAAAGCCGAGCCGAUAAAAUGGCAAGCAGCAAUUCUUAAACUCAUAUCAAAAGAUCAACUACCUGUCCAUUAUGGUGGAACACUAACAGAUCCAGACGGCAACCCAAGAUAUACUUCAAAAAUCUGCCAAGGUGGUAAGAUACCUAAAGAAAUAUACACCAAAAAUAUGGAUAAGCCAAACGAGGAUUAUACUACCGUCGUCGUUCGGAAAGGAGGAAAGUUAGAAUUCGAUAUUUCUGCACCCGAAGUGGGUUCCAUCUUAAGUUGGGAAUUUCGAAGCGAGGGUCAUGACAUCAAAUUUGGAAUUCUGAAAAAAGACGAGACUAAUGGUACAAAAACAGAAGUUAUACCUAUUCGGAGGGUUGCGUCCCAUCAAUCGGAUGAAAUUGGAUUAUUAACUUGCGAAACUCCAACGAUUUAUUCCGUCGUUUUCGACAAUACCUACAGUAUUCUAAGGAAUAAAAAGGUUCAUUAUUCCGUACGUAUAUUACCACCGACAAUGACAUCAAUUAUGUAAUAAAAUGGAUCCUUUUAGGAAAUUUACAAUACCAUUAGUUGUUCAUAUUUCAUACUCGUAACAGA